AGUGUUAGGUUGUGCCGGGCUGAGGCGGAUGGCGGGGUUUCGCUGAGGCGGAGCUCUGGCGCGUCUGAGGGCCGGGUCGGGCCGGCGGUGAGGUUGCUGUCCAGGUGCCUAGCGGAGCGACGCCGGGCGUCGGCGGAGCGCGGGCGCGAUGCCGGUCCAUUCGCGGGAGAAGAAGGAGAACAACCACGACGAGAUGGAGGUGGACUACGGGGAGAACGAGGGCAGCAGCUCCGAGGAGGAGGAGUCGGAGAGCUCCUCCGUGUCCGAGGAGGGGGACAGCUCAGAAAUGGACGAUGAGGACUGUGAAAGACGAAGAAUGGAAUGUUUAGAUGAAAUGUCCAAUCUUGAAAAACAAUUUACAGACCUCAAAGAUCAACUUUACAAGGAAAGAUUAAGCCAAGUGGAUGCAAAGCUACAGGAGGUCAUUGCAGGAAAAGCACCAGAGUACUUGGAGCCACUGGCAGCUCUGCAAGAAAACAUGCAAAUCCGAACAAAAGUGGCAGGUAUCUACAGAGAGCUCUGUUUAGAGUCUGUGAAAAACAAAUACGAAUGUGAAAUUCAAGCUUCCCGCCAGCACUGUGAGAGUGAAAAGCUCUUGUUGUAUGAUACAGUUCAAAGUGAACUAGAAGAGAAAAUCCGACGUCUUGAAGAAGACCGACAUAGCAUUGACAUUACCUCAGAGUUAUGGAAUGAUGAACUUCAGUCUAGGAAGAAAAGGAAGGAUCCAUUUAGUCCUGAUAAGAAGAAACCUGUUGUUGUAUCAGGCCCUUAUAUAGUGUAUAUGCUACAGGACCUUGAUAUACUUGAAGACUGGACAACAAUAAGGAAGGCAAUGGCUACACUGGGACCCCACAGAGUGAAAACAGAACCCCCUGUCAAGUUGGAAAAACACCUGCACAGUGCAAGAUCUGAAGAGGGAAGACUGUAUUACAAUGGAGAGUGGUAUGGACGCGGACAAUCAAUAUGUAUUGAUAGGAAAGAUGAGUGUCCUACAAGUGCCAUAAUUACAACAAUUAACCAUGAUGAAGUGUGGUUUAAGAGGCCUGAUGGAAGCAAAUCCAAACUGUAUAUUUCUCAGCUACAGAAAGGAAAAUAUUCAAUCAAACAUAAUCACAACUGACCAUUAAGCCAACCAGACAGUGUUAUUCUGCUUGAAGUGCCAUGACAUGAAAGAUGUAUUUACUCUGUAUCCUCAUCUAUUUUUGUGGCAGUAUCUGUGUAUUUGUAGUAGUGUAAGUAAUAUUCAUUCAGAUGUCCUAGAAUAAGUGACACAUAAUCAUGUUGACCAUGAUGUCUUGCUUCUACUUUGGGUCUAGCACCUAAAAUAGAAAAUGUACUUUUGGAGAGUGUGGGAACAUCUGACUAAGGUUGCAGUCCUAAAAAACCAUGUGCACACAUGGACGAGAAAUGUACCUUCAGCUGCUGGCACCUCUUAAGUUUCUUCUGUAACUGUUUUCAUGGUUGAGUGUGCAAGCCAAUUUUAAAAUUGUUUAAUGAGGGAAGGGAAAUGGGGAAUGAUGUCGUAGAAAGACACUACCUAGAUGUGUGCUUAAUUCUUUAUCAUAUAGGCACAUUGGCUUCUAGGAUUGUAGUCUAAACUAUUAAUGUAACAUGGAAAUAAAGUGGUAUUUAUCUUUUUAAAAAAUCAUGCAAUUGUGAAGUUUAGCACUACAUAUAACAAGUCCUCUUGCAUUUUAGAGAACAUGUCAUGCUUGUCUUGUGAACAUAAGUUAGCUUGCACAGAUGUUACUUUGAUGUAGUAUAAUGUCAAAAUAUUAAAUGGACAACUGAGUCAAAAGUGUAGACCCCAAAUAGUUGUUCUGAUUCUCUUACUCAAGCCAAACUGUUACUAUUUCUAUUAAUCACAAAAAUUAGCAUGAAGCAAGGAAUUUGCUGAGGAAAAGGGUGCAAAGGAGAUGGCACUGUUUCAACUAGUAUUAAUUCCUCUCUUAAAAGAGUAAGAAGACUUGUUCUGUAAAUGAUGAAAAAAUAACCAAGUAUUACUGCUUAUUGAUCAGUAGUUAAAUGUAUUUGUAGUCAAAUGAAAUGUAAUCCUUAGAUGUUGUUUAUUGGGCAAAAAACAUGGUAUUUGCUGCUUCAAAACAUUAGAGAGUUUGCAUUUGUAAGGUUAGCAUCAGAAGUAUGAUCCCUUCAUUUUGCCAUUCAUUUUUGAAGCAUGCAGAAGGGAUUCAGGUUUGGACGGGGAGAAGACAUUACUUGGUGGUUAUGUGCACUUUAAUAUCCAUUCAGAUGAGCCUUUGAAGAAAGCCUGCAUCUGUUGGAACAGACUGCCAAAAGUGUUUUUAUGUUCUAGGUUAGAUUAGUGCUAAGUGUGGAAACUUAACAUGCAGCCUCCUGUGUUAGAACCCCAGUUCAAAUUUGCAACACCCCAGCCUCUUACCCAGCAAAUAGUGUAAUGGAGGGAGAGGGUGGGUAGUUUAUAAAGCAAGCUAUAGCCUUUUUAGAGUGGAGCCUGUUUCACUUGAAAAUGGCGACCUGUGGAAGACCUCAGGACAGGUAGAGCAGAAGCAUAUCUAGCUAAAACUGAGCUGUAGGCAGGAUUUUCCUGAUGUGUUCUUAACAUUGUUCUUAGAACUGUCCUGGAGGGGAAUAGCACAGAAGCUGGAUUCAGUGGCCUUCAUUCUGACAACUUACUCUUGUUUCAAAUUAUUAACUCGGGUAGCUUUUUGUAGUCAACAGUUUCAGCUCAGCUUCACAAGCAAGUACCAAUCUUUGUUCAGAAAAAGUUUUGGAGUGCAUUGGGAUUUUUUAAUUUUUGGAAUGAAGGGUUGGUAUCAUCUGCAUUUGCACAGAUUCAGAAGUUGGAAGUUCAUCUGCAUGUACAGAUACUUUGCACCAAUCUCUGUUAUAGGCCAUGUUUGGGUGCAAGUUGCAGUACUGCACAGAAUCACAGAGUGUCAGCCCGUUGCUAGUUCAAUUGUUUCGUUAUGUGCUGUUAUCCUACUUUAAUGUGGCAGGAAAUAUGACACAACUGUGGAUCAGGGAAAUGUGGUCUCUUCCUUGCCUAUUUAACUAGUUCUCGUUAAUAAACUGCUAUCAUGUUUUUGCGGAAAUGUGUUUGCUGAGAUGGGAAAACUAUUUGACCAUUGCCAAAAGCCUCCAAAAUACUAGGCUACUUAAAUUAAUCUAAAGCAGUACUCCUAUUAUUCUGCAUGUCCCACAUAUUAAGCCAAAUGUAUAUAAUGUAAUAAUGACAGGUUAGCUUUUGACAAAACCUACUGUAUGUACACAGUUUGAUAAAGCUUUUUUUGUAAUGAAAUAUUUGUAUUUUUUAACUUAGUGUAUAAAUAAACCUGUCAUGGAGCAUCCAAA